AUGAAUCCAAAUAUAAACCAAGGCUUCACCGAUAACCAUCAUAACUUGCUACGAUAUUCAUAUUCAGUCGAUGAAAUCAUUAGUCGUCUUAAUGAAUUGCAUCAAACAGAACAACAAAAUAGUGAACCUAUUGACGUUUGGUCUAAUUUCAUUAGAGGAUCCGACCUUCCUAUAGUAAACGAAAACAUUUUGCUCGAUACAGAUCGCAGCUUUAAUUCCGGUAUCCCAACAAUAGAAGUUGAGUCGGUUGAAUCCAAUUUACAACCUAAUCCCUCAACCAAUAAUGCAAUGCCGCAGGUGGAGAAUCUUUCCUUUACCGAUAAUCAUCAUAACUUGCUACUCUAUUUUUAUUCAGUAGAUGAAGUUUCUACUCGACUUGAGGCAUUGCAUAAUACGGAACAACAAAAUAAUGAAUCCAUCGAUAUUUGGUCCGAUUUCAUUAGAGGCUCUGACCUUCCUGUAGUAAAUGAAGAAGAUGUGUUACUCGAUUUUGUUCGUAGCUUUGAGUUGGUGGAGUCCGAUUUACAGUCUAACCUCUAG